UACCCAUAUUGCAUCUAUCACAAUGGCCAGCCGUCCCCCUACGCUCCAGGAGGCUUCGGACUCGUAUUACCCCAAGGGGAUUCACGAGUCGCCCGCGCUCAAGCGGGCCCGCCUCCCGUACCAGAUCCGCAAUGUGCUCACGGGCGGCGGCAUCGUCGCCUUCAUCGUCGGCGUCUACUUCUACUCCAUCUCGGCGGUCAAGCAAGACGACUUUUCCGAUGUCGUCGACCUUCUCCCGCCACCGGAGGAGCGCGCGAAGAUGCGCUCAAUUGAGGACGAGCUGCGCGACAAGGAGCUCGGCGUUGCGCCCAUCGCCAGCGAGCUGCCCAAGCCCGCAACACCAGUAUCGGGCGGGACGGGCGUCAUGGCUUGGCUGCCCAAGCGCCUCGACCAGGUCGAGUGGCUGCAUCGCCGCGGGUGGGUCGAGACCGGCAAGGGCAAUGUGAUUGUGUGGGGUGCGCCGAACGUCGACAACAUCGGCAACAUGCGCGACUCGUUCCCUUCCGCCGGGCCUCGCCGGGUGUAGAGCGCAGGUCUGAGCGCGGCGCGAGCCAGUGGAAAGUCGUCCAUCUCAUCUCUGUAUGGCGUACAAUAGCAUAUGACACUUCUCUCCCUUGCGUAUC